AUGCCUUCUGCGCAGGUUUUCCUCUGCCUUGCCGUCAUGCUUGCUGCGGCGGCGGCUACCGCUCAGGCGCACCUGCAGUGCCUCGACAACCCGCCGGAGCGGUCUCUUCUUGGCGGCCAGGCCGAGGCCGGCGAGGUCGUCCACGAUCUCCCAGGUGGCUUCAGGGCCUACGUCACCGGCGCCGCAAGCUCUAGCCACGCUAUCGUCCUCGCCUCCGACGUUUACGGGUUCGAAGCACCAUUACUCAGAACGAUCGCUGAUAAAGUUGCUGAGGCUGGAUACUUUGUCGUGGUGCCGGAUUUCUUCAACGGGGAUUUUUAUGACACAAGUAAAAACAUUUCAGAGUGGAUCAAGUCUCACUCCCCGGUAAAAGCUGCCAAAGACGCCAAGCCACUCUUUGCUGCUUUGAAGAAGGAAGGGAAGAGCAUUGCUGUUGGCGGUUAUUGCUGGGGUGGAAAAUUCGGUGCCGGGAUAGCAAAAACUGACGAUAUAAAAGUAGUUUGCCUUUCUCAUCCUUCAACAGUGACGGCUGAGGAUAUGAAAGAGGUCAAAUGCCCAAUUGAGAUCCUUGGAGCUCAGAAUGAUACGUCCACACCGCCAAAACUAGUUUACCAGUUCGUGAAUGCCUUGCGUCAAAGAAAUGGGAUUCCAUACUUCGCCAAGAUCUUUCCUGGAGUUGCACAUGGAUUUGCUUGCAGAUAUAAUACCACGGAUCCCUUUGCUGUCAGAACCGCUGAAGAAGCUCUUGCUUACAUGCUUGACUGGUUCAACAAAUAUUUGAAGUGA